GUGUCAUUGAUGGCAGCGUGCUCGCGGAACAAGCGUAGUAAAUCGGGUACAAACCGAGGCUAUAAGAGAUUGUAGCUCGCGCUUGGCGCGGCUCAGUGAGUCAAGAUAGUUCGAAGGAGCUCCAUUGCCAGCUUCGUUUGAACGGCCGGUGGCGUCGAAAGCGCAUAUAUUCUCACAUCUGAACCAACAAACCUUCGUCCAAGUUUGACAAAUUCUUCUCUGUCAAAAUGCGUGAAUGCAUAUCCGUCCACGUAGGACAGGCGGGAGUGCAGAUCGGAAAUGCUUGCUGGGAAUUGUAUUGUUUGGAGCAUGGCAUACAACCGGACGGGCAGAUGCCGUCCGACAAGAUGCUUGGGGGCGGCGACGACAGCUUCAACACCUUUUUCAGCGAAACUGGCGCUGGAAAGCACGUACCUAGAGCGGUAUUCGUGGAUCUCGAGCCCACCGUAGUAGAUGAGGUACGCACAGGCACAUAUCGGCAACUGUUCCAUCCGGAGCAACUGAUAACCGGCAAGGAGGACGCCGCCAACAAUUAUGCGCGUGGUCACUAUACGAUCGGCAAGGAGAUAGUGGACCUCGUCCUGGACCGCGUUCGCAAACUGGCAGACCAAUGCACGGGACUGCAGGGCUUUCUGAUUUUCCACUCAUUCGGCGGCGGCACCGGUUCCGGCUUCACGUCCCUGCUGAUGGAGCGGCUGUCGGUCGACUACGGCAAGAAGUCCAAGCUCGAGUUCGCGAUUUACCCGGCGCCUCAGGUCUCGACGGCCGUGGUGGAACCAUACAACUCGAUCCUCACAACGCACACCACCCUCGAGCAUUCCGACUGCGCGUUUAUGGUAGACAACGAGGCGAUCUAUGAUAUUUGCAGGCGCAACCUGGACAUCGAGCGACCGACUUAUACGAAUCUGAACCGACUGAUCGGCCAGAUCGUGUCCUCGAUCACGGCCUCGUUGCGCUUCGAUGGCGCGCUCAACGUCGAUCUCACGGAAUUCCAGACGAACCUGGUGCCCUAUCCUAGAAUCCAUUUCCCUCUGGUCACCUAUGCGCCCGUUAUAUCCGCGGAGAAGGCGUACCACGAGCAGCUAUCCGUCGCCGAGAUAACGAACGCUUGCUUCGAGCCGGCUAAUCAGAUGGUCAAGUGUGAUCCGCGUCACGGUAAAUACAUGGCCUGCUGCAUGCUGUAUAGAGGUGACGUGGUGCCGAAGGACGUGAACGCGGCGAUUGCAACCAUCAAGACCAAGCGCAGCAUUCAAUUCGUCGAUUGGUGCCCGACGGGCUUCAAGGUCGGCAUCAAUUAUCAGCCGCCGACAGUCGUGCCCGGCGGCGAUCUCGCCAAGGUGCAACGCGCUGUUUGCAUGCUGUCGAAUACGACGGCGAUCGCCGAGGCUUGGGCGCGGCUCGAUCACAAGUUCGAUCUGAUGUAUGCGAAGAGGGCCUUCGUGCAUUGGUACGUGGGCGAGGGUAUGGAAGAGGGCGAGUUCUCUGAGGCGCGAGAGGAUCUCGCCGCGUUGGAGAAAGACUACGAGGAAGUCGGCAUGGACUCCACUGACGGAGAGGGGGACGGUGCAGAUGAAUACUGAAGAUUGAUUUAAUUUUUUCGGAGGCCCAGGUAGCAGAAGCUUCCAAAAAACAUCUUAAAAAUGCCUGAACAAAUGGAACGCCUAAAAGAUACAUAAAAGAAAGAAAAAGAAAUAAAUGCUUACACUGAGAGAAAAAUAUCUAAAAGAUAAACAAAUAUUUUUCGAUGGGUAUUGAUAAUAUAUUUACAUAAAUCUAAAUUUUUUUUAAUAGAAUAAAACAAUUGUUUUCAUGAAAAGCUGAAAUAAAAAAAAUGUAUAUUCCUAAACAGCACAAAUACUGUAGAAACAUCUCAAAGACAUCUAAGAGAUGUCUAGACAUCUCAAAGAUGUAUUUUAAAGAUUUGAGCUUUCUUUAUUUGAAAAAUAUUUUAUAUUAGUAUAAGUUAAUAUGUUAUUAUAAUAUCUACUGAAAUAAUAUUAUUUUUUAAUUUUUUCUUUCAGUGUAAAAAACGCACGAAAGAAAAAAAGAUAAGCGCCUAAAAGCUGCCUAAAAGACGUCUAAAAGAAAAAUCUGAAAAAAUUGGACGUCUUUUAGACGUCUUUGAAAUGUUUUCGGAAUUUCUGCUACCUGGAAUUGCUUCGUUUACUUAUGUUUAUCACGACACUCGCCGCCUAUUAGCGCGAUGAGCCUGCGAUCUUCCUGCCCGGCCAAUUUCGUGAGACCCGAAGUAACCCUCUCAAAGUUACCACACAAGCAAUCGUGUUAACUUUGCUACUUGCUUUUUACUCGACUCGAAUUUGUGCGAAUCUCAUUAUGAGACGAAGUGUCUUCACAUGGUUUGGCCAAUUUGUUACUUAGUUAGAAGCUUGGAAAGAUGCAAGUAAAUACUGAGAAAUAUAAGCAUAUCCAAAAGUA